AUGGUGGGCCUGGUAUCCUGCUCAUGGCCCUCCUCGGCAGGGUUUCCUACUCUAGCAUUUAUGUUGAUAGUACUACUACAACAUGGGAGCCUUGUAGAAUCCACGUCAAGCAUUGCAACGUUUUCCGAUGUAAAUUGUCAGGACUCCUUAUCAUCAUUUGACGGGCCUAACGGGUACCCAAAUGGGACGUGUUCAAGGCUCGAAAGGAGCGGAGGAUAUGGUAGCUUUCAGGUUGUCAAUCUCGACGAUGGCUGCUCUGGUAGGGAAAGAGACGUGUUUUUCAUACUUUCUUCCAUUUUUUUUAAAAAACACUCAAUAUGCCCUGAUUGCGAACUGAAAGACCUCCCAAAUCAAGCAGCAGAUUAUCGUCUUAUUUUGUUUUACUUCCCACAACAUACACUAACCUUCAUCACUUUGUCUCAUAGUAACAUUAUAUGGCAGAGACGACAUUGCCGGUCAGCCCUGUUCGUCAUCUGUAGCCCAGGUUGCUGA